AAAAACAAAAAAAUAGAGGAACCAUUUUGAUAUUUACACCUAAUACUUAUAAUAGUUAUAUUAAUUUAAUGGAGUUACAGCCCAAGAUGAAUUCAAACCAAGUCUAUUUGCAUUAUUGUGUAUUUCGGAGGACCUAAGUGCAAUUGUGCAAUUUGAUCUAAAAAACAAAAGCUGGAGUUUUGGAGUGUGUUUGAUUAUCAUCAUCUUCCUCUCUUCUUUCUCUGUUGUUCAACUGGGGCAACAAUGCCGCGAAACCCUAAGCGGAACAAGACCACACAAUCCCCCAAAUCCUCUGCUAAUCUCUCCUCCUCCUCCCCUGAUCCGUUCCCGGAGCAUCACCAACCCACGCCUGCCCAAUGCCGUGCCGUCCGCGACGACCUUCUUGCCCUCCAUGGCCUCCCCAGAGACCUCGCCAAGUAUCGCAAUCCUGACCCCUCCGACGAAGCUCCUCCGGAGAAGACCGUCCUCGAUGGCGUCGUCAGCACCCUUCUCUCCCAGAACACGACUGACUCCAACUCCCGCCGUGCUUUCCUCUCCCUGAAGUCCGCAUUCCCCGCGUGGGAGGAUGUUCUUAAUGCUGAGCCGAAACGAGUGGAGGAUGCCAUCAGGUGCGGGGGCCUGGCGGUGACUAAGGCGUCGAGGAUACGAAGUAUUUUGAAGGAUGUGAUGGAAAGAAGGGGGGAGAUUUGCUUGGAGUACUUGAGGGCCUUGUCUGUGGGUGAGGUGAAGGCUGAGCUCUCUAGAUUUAAAGGGAUUGGCCCUAAGACGGUAGCAUGUGUUCUAAUGUUCCAUCUUCACCAAGAUGAUUUCCCAGUGGACACUCACGUAUUUCGGAUUACAAAGGCUAUUGGUUGGGUACCCAUGAAAGCAGACAGGGAAAAGGCAUAUCUACAUCUCAAUAAUAGGAUCCCAAAUGAUUUAAAGUUUGACUUAAAUUGUCUUCUAAUCACACAUGGUAAGCUUUGUCCAAGAUGUGCCAAGAGGGCCAGUAACCAGCAAAGCACAGACUCUCCCUGUCCCCUCACAAAGUUACUCUCGUAGCUCGGCAAAGCAUAUUGACAUUGUAUAAAUGGAAGUUUGAUGUUUCACUUAUUUAGUUCACUGGUUCCAUCAAAACUACCUUCUCCAGAGAAGACAUAGAUGGGACGGGAUCCACUAAAUUCUGGUUCUGCUUCUACAAGUGUCAUC